AUGCAAUCUAUAUUCCAUUCGCCAAGCAUGGAGGCCAGGAUGCUCGCAUCGGCCAUCGCGAAAUCCUUCGGAGAUCCUCAUGAACGUCUUAUUAUACCUUUCGUCUUCCUUUCCGCACAUCACGAUAUGACCGAAGAUAUUUUCACGGAGAUCAUGCAAAUGUUAGCCAGGCGCAAGGUCAAACCCAAGGUCUUGCUGCAACUAACCAACUACUACAUAACAGCCCAAAGUGACGGUUUUGUACCCGCUCCAGACUUAGCAGCGAUUUGGUUUCGUGCCCAGUUUCUGACCGAGGGCGCGGACGCUGCUCUGGUUGCUCUGAAGGAGUAUAGCAUGUGCUCCACCAACAGGGACCUCCUGCCAUAUACCACCCUCUUGUCGACUAUAAACGAUGUUUCACUCAAUGAUGCUGGCUCCGUUGAGCAAAUUUUGCUCAUCAUGGAUCACGCUCAGCUCACCCUAGACCUCACCGUCUUCAAUGCUCUUUUGCGCAGAGAACACAGACUCAACCACAGCUCAUCUGCUUUCACAGUGUAUGCCUCCCUCAAAGAAAUGGCUGACAGUGGAGUUCUACCAAACGAGGAAACCUACGCCAUGUUAUUCAGCUUACUCAGAAGUCGUCGUCCAAGAGUCUCGAAGAAACCCCCAUCUGGAUUUUACCCCCCUCGCUCCCUAUUUCGCGACAUGAUUGAUACAACGAUGCACCCAGAACACCCCCUGAUGCUCAGCUCAUCGCUGUUAACCGUCGCGCUCCGCGCUUUCCUCCAACAUCGUGAUUAUCCUGCUGCUCUAGUCGCAGUCAACACAUUCGAUCAACACCGCAUAGAUGUACCCAUAGAAGCCUACUAUGUCACUGUCAAACAUAUUGUUCACCGAAUCUGGGCUGAAGUACGUGAAAACCGAAUACUUGGUUCGAAAUUGUGGUGCGACCACUUCUUGGGCGUCAGCGCGCCGACCAGUAUAAGAGAUGUGGAGGCUCUGGAGGAGCAGCUCUCAGAGGGUCUCGUGGAUAAAAUUCUGAAUUUUACCCGGCAGGACAAAAUGAGUAUUUUGAACGUACGCUUUUUCAGAAGCAUUCCAACUGAGGUCCCAGUAUACACGGCGCCCACUUUGGCGGAACUAGAACAGGUGGAGGAUCCGCUCCCGGAGAUCAAGUAUCAUUCAAAGCCUCUGGAACGGUUGUUGGAAAGAGCCAUUGUUGCGACAUUUAUUCCCCAACAUCGAAAGGGUUUGGAAGACGCUGUGCAGGUUGCCAGGGCAGAAAUGACUCCGCCCAUAUAA